AUGUUAAAAUUAUUCUGGCGUUUUGCACGGUCCUCUGCCUCUGCACUCGCGGGGCGGCGGGAGCGCGGAAAAAACAUUCUCUCAGACGAAAGUAUACGCUCGGGCGCGCUGCUUAGCACAGGCAUGUCAAAUCCUGGAAGCUCAGAUAUGGUUUUAGGCAGAUUUCAGGACAACUCUGUCCUGUGCUCUGGCGUUAUGGAAAAGGGUGCAGGGAGUGGGCAGAUCCUCAAGCGGGCAGUGCCCAUAGAGGAAGAGCCUGCUUUGUGCAAAGAUUCGUGCAGAGUGGCGCACGGAGUGCCAAAUGAGGCUGAUUUUGAGGCUAAGCAUUUCCAGAAGAUUGCGGGCUUGGCUGAGAGCGCCUCUUCCCCUACGUAUUAG